CCCUUCGUCCUUCGUGGCCCAGAGCCGCCAGCCGGCCAGCCAGCAUGGGACCAGCAACUGAAAGAGCCAGAGAGAUGAUGCUCUUCAUGCCCUGGGCUGUGAGAAGAGCAGGACUGAGGGCCUCUACCUGCCAAGGGGGUUUGGGGGUGCUGCCGGCCCUGAUCCCCACUCUCUAAUCCUCACACCGACCACUACUGAUCCACUGCCUGGUCCACCCUGAUCACUCCCAGCUACAGCCAUGCCUGCAGGAAUGCCUCGAAGUUCCUCAAGACCAGCAUUGCCCCCUGACGUGUUGGCCGAGCAGGUGGAGCUGUGGUGGUCCCAGCAGCCACGGCGCUCAGCACUCUGCUUCGCCAUGGCCGUGGCUCUGGUGGCAGGCUGUGGGGCAGGCGGUGUGGCCCUGCUCUCCUCCACCAGCAGCCGCUCCGGGGAGUGGAGGCUGGCAGUGGGCACGGUGCUUUGCCUGCUGGCCCUGCUGGUCCUGGUGAAGCAGCUGAUGAGCUCAGCCGUGCAGGAUAUGAACUGCAUCCGCCAGCCGCAUCAUGUGGCCUUACUGCGCAGUGGCGGAGGAGCCGAUGCCCUCGUGGUGCUGCUCAGUGGCCUGGUGCUGCUGGUCACUGGCCUCACCCUCGCUGGACUGGCUGCUGGCCCUGCUCCUGCCCGGCCACUGACUGCCAUGCUGUCUGUGGGCAUCGCCCUGGCUGCCUCUGGCUCACUCUUGCUGCUGGGCUUGCUGCUGUAUCAGGUGGGCAUGAGUGGACACUGCCCCUCCAUCUGCAUGACCACCCCCUCUACCCUCAGAGAACACAGUGGCCAUGGCAGCGUCUACAGUGUCUCAGGACAGUUGUCUGCGGGCCGACGUCAGGAGACCACCUCCAGCAUCGCCAGCCUCAUCUGACCAAGCCACACAACCUGCCUCAACAUCCCUAGAAUUGUGCCAGGGCAUGAACAUGCAUAUGGAGUGUGUGGGGGAGCAUGAGAGAGUAUGUAUGUGAGUAUAUGUGAGUGCAUGUGUGCACGUGUGUGUGUGUGUGUGUGUGUGUUUAGGAAGAGGAGAGUGAGUCCUGGCCGGUGUGUAUGUGUCCCCAGCACUGCCUGUGACCCCUAUGAACCCUGAUGUAUUUAUACCCACACAUCUCCUCACAGAAGGGUGAAUGUGUCUCCUUAUACUAGGUGUCUGUGGCCGUGCAACUGCUGAGAAUGCCUGUCAGUAUCUGGGUUCUCCAGGCAGUGCAGUGUCAGAGGUCCUGAAGAUGUUGGUCCCUAUUCCCAGCUGCUUUCAAGCCAGCCCCAGUCAGUGCCAUCACCAAUGGCAUGACAGAAGCGAUGCUGCUGCACAGACUGGGCAAACCUUCCCUGAGGAGAGAGAAAAGGCCGGAAUGGAGCUCCCCUACCACUGACCACAGGGGAGGGGAGGUCUUAGGCCAGCCACUCACCUCUCUCAGUCUGAUUUUUAGAGUGAUGGCCAUAGGCCUAGGCUUGGGCUGAGAGAAGUAACAUGCAUGAAAGGUGAUCCCGUGGCAGAGGGCCAGGAAAGGUGCCUUGCCCUCUCCUCCAAAGGUCCUCCUCCUCCCCUGUCCACAUCCCUUCCCACACUCACACUUAUGCCCAUCCAGGCUGACCCCAGCUCCAUGCCUUAUGGCAUCUCUCCUUCUGUGCUCAGAAGCAGGAGCAAAGCAUGGGAGAGGGUGUGUCAGAGGUGGUGGGUGGUGGGUGUGACUGAGGUGGCUUAACUUCUCUAUUUGCUUGGGUGCUUCUUCCUGGGGAAGCCUCCCUGGCAGGAUGGGCCACAGGCAUCUCUGAAGGUUGCAUCUCUGAGCCCCACCUCCACAGCCCAAGCAUCCAGGUCUAUGAAGUCAUUCUAUUCACCUCUGGCUCCUGGUCCUGGGAGGAGUGUUUGAAUCCUCCUUGAUCACAAGAGCCUUCCUGCUCUGCUGUCAGCACAGGGCCACUUCCUGGGAGCCAAUGAAAAAGUUGGAAAGACAGCACUCACCUUUCACCCUCUCCUACCUGGUAGGGUAGGGGUUCCCUGCAGUCCUGGGGAUCUAAGGGAGACAACUCCUAAGGGAUUUUAAACUCAAGGAUCAGGGACUAACUUUAUGCUGAGCAGACCCUCCUACAGCGAUCACUGAAUAAUGGGUGAGAGAAAGAAGUUGCCACUGAAAGCAGGAGAAUUGGGAAUGGGGGAACAGGCUUGUCCAGGGACCAGGUAUUUCAUGGACACCUCAGGCCUGACACAUUCAGAAUGAAACCCCAUUUCUCUCCUCGCCUCUCCUCUGGUUUCUCUGCCUCUUCAUUACUGCAGCAUUUGGGUCCAAACCUCUGUGCGGUUCCAGAUAUUCCCCCAGGCUGCCUCCUCAUCCCAUGUUGUGUCCAAUAAACACAUUGACUCCUGUG